UUUUAAUUGUCGUUACAAAAUUUCAAAUCAAAUGUAUUCAAACCAUGGCAAAACGAAAUGUUCAAAAUAAAAAUAACACUGCAGCCAGCACAAUUGUUGUGCCAGCUGGGCCGCCCGCAAUGUUGGACCUAAGCGCAGUGAUCGACGAACUAGUGGGCUGCGCCAAUCCCAGCAAGGGCGUGAAUCUCUUCGAGAAUCAUUUGCGGCACAUUUGCAGUCAGGCGCGGGAGUUGUUCCUCAAAGAGCGAUCGUUGCUGGAGGUGCGACCACCGGUGAUGAUCUGCGGGGAUGUGCAUGGACAGUUUGGAGAUCUGCUGCGCAUAUUUCAGUCGACGGGUUAUCCGCCGGAGAGCAAGUAUCUGUUUCUGGGCGACUAUGUGGAUCGUGGCAAGCAGAGCAUAGAGACGCUAGCGCUGCUCCUGGCCUACAAGGUGCGUUAUCCGCAGACGAUGUUUCUGUUGCGUGGAAAUCAUGAAAGCGCCAGCAUAAAUCGCAUCUAUGGCUUCUAUGAUGAGUGCAAGCGACGCUACUCGGUGAAGCUGUGGAAACAUUUUGUUGACACCUACGACUGCAUGCCCAUUGCAGCGAUUGUGGGUGGACGCAUCUUCUGCGUGCAUGGUGGACUGAGUCCCAGUCUCACCAGCUUCAGCGAUAUACUCGCUAUACAGCGACCCUGCGAUAUACCCGAACAAGGACUCAUGUGUGAUCUGCUCUGGUCCGACCCGGAUGAAAAGGUGCUCGGCUGGAGUGAAAACGAUCGAGGAGUAAGCGUCACUUUCGGCGCCGAUGUAGUGCGUACCUUUUGCUUUCGCAUGGGCAUCGAUGUCAUCUGUCGUGCCCAUCAGGUCGUCGAGGAUGGCUACGAGUUCUUUGCGCGCCGACGUCUGGUCACACUUUUCUCGGCGCCCAACUAUUGCGGCAUGUUCGAUAAUGCCGGCGCCGUUAUGGUCGUGAAUAGCGAACUUGUGGUCAGUUUUAAUAUUAUCAAGCCCACAUAUUCCGUUAGACAGGCCAUGGGCAAUGUGCAGCCCAUGGUGGCCAUGGGCAAGAAUCGCAACUUUUAAAACCUUUGUGUAUUGUAUUAAAUUUAAUUUAUAUGUUAAGCCUCGGAUUAGCUUCAGAGCUCUAGUUUCUAUUCCAAUAUAGCGAUAUUCCUAAAAUUCUUCGUCUUCGUCUGAAAAGAUGCAGAAGACGUUUAUUAAGGAAUAACAGUUAAUCUAUGGG